GAGAGCAAAGCGCAGCAGUAGGCAACCACUAGCACCAGCCUCAAACCAGAAAUAAAGACGAAGUUCACCCGCACGCGUUACUAAACAUAUACUUUCAGCAGAUAGUUCGUGGAAAAAUGUUAUCUCGGAAAUUUUGACGUCGGGAUGCUGUCAUUUUUGUACUAAAUGAAAGACGUCAACAGUCUGGGGAAAAGGAAACAACAACACUGGGAAAGACUGGAUUACACACAGCAGUGACAAUAAAACAACAUUCCCCGACAAGUGGACAGUCUGGUGUCGAGGGUGAAGUCCCGACGCACACACGCGGAAAUAGUUGUGCCUUUAUGUUUUUCUUGAAAUUGUUAAAGUCCCAAACGCUGAAGGAGAGUUGUGGAAAUAGGGGGGAAGGGCAGGUUCCCUUCUGGACUUUUUCCCCUCUACAGAUCUUUUUAAAAUGAUGGCAGCAGAGGUGAGCAAUGAGGAUACGGGCUCAGUCAAGACAGGGACUGGUGGAGGAGGCCCGGAGACGGCCCCUUUCCCCUACUAUCCCAAGUCCAGAGUGCGAGUGUCUGAUUUGGGACAAGGAGCAGCGCAGCCCUUCCGUCAGAACUCAAACACAUCCCCGGACUCUGUGAAUGACAUGAGCCUCGCUUUCACCAUGCCUGGUGGGGACUCCGGACCAGCACUGUCCGCCUCGGGGAGUGGCGGGGGAGGUGGACAUUUCCAAGGGAGCGGGGGCAGCUUGUGUUAUUCUCCUUCUUCGGAUGGCCCUGAUAGCCGGGUCUCACCCACAUCGUCCUGCCCGGACGGACCCAGUGUUUUCCCCCCACUGCCGCCUCCUCCCCCCUCUGUGGGCUGUGGGGGGCUCGGCGGCACGCUGGAUGAAGGAGACCUGCCGGAUGGACCAGAAUGGGUGGAUGAUGAUGAGGUGGUGUUCCCACUCUCUGCACCUCCCACCAACCAGUGGUACCAUGGCAAGCUGGACCGCACCAUUGCUGAGGAGCGCCUGCGCCAGGCCCGGACCCCCGGCAGUUACCUCAUCAGGGAGAGUGACCGGCGGCCUGGCUCCUUUGUCCUGUCCUUUCUCAGCAUGACCAGUGUGGUCAACCACUUCAGGAUAAUCGCCAUGUGUGGGGACUAUUACAUUGGUGGGCGGCGGUUUUCGUCCCUCUCAGACCUGAUUGGUUACUAUAGCUAUGUGUCCUGUCUGCUCAAAGGAGAGAAACUGCUGUCUCCAGUGGCGCCCCCAGAGCCUGUUGAAGAUAGGAGGAGAGUAAGGGCCAUUCUUCCAUACACCAAAGUGCCAGAUACUGACGAAAUCAGCUUCCUUAAAGGGGACAUGUUUAUUGUUCACAAUGAACUGGACGACGGCUGGAUGUGGGUGUCCAAUGUCCGUACAGAGGAGCAGGGUCUUAUUGUGGAAGAUCUCGUGGAAGAAGUGGGCAGGGAGGAGGAUCCUCAUGAGGGAAAAAUCUGGUACCAUGGAAAGAUUACCAAACAAGAGGCCUAUAACCUCCUCAUGACAGUGGGCCAGGUGUGCAGCUUUCUAGUGCGACCCUCGGACAACACGCCGGGAGACUACUCCCUAUUUUUUCGCACCAAUGAAAACAUCCAAAGGUUUAAGAUCUCCCCCACCCCAAACAAUCAGUACAUGAUGGGAGGGAGGUACUACAACAGUGUUGAUGACAUAAUUGAACACUAUAAAAAAGAGCAAAUUGUCGAGGGCUACAACCUUAAAGACCCAGUGUCAGUCCAACACCAGGAACAAGUCAUUAAUGACACAGUGGAUGGAAGAGAAAUCUAUAACACUAUCAGGCGAAAACCAAAAGAUGCUUUCUACAAAAAUAUUGUCAAGAAAGGCUACCUCUUGUUCAACAAAGGAAAAGGAAAGCGUUGGAAAAACCUGUACUUCAUUCUUGAGGGAAAUGAUGCCCAGCUCAUUUACUUUGAGAGUGAGAAGAGAGCCACCAAACCCAAAGGGCUGAUUGACCUGAGUGUGUGCUCGGUGUACGGGGUUCACGACAGUCUGUUUGGCAGGCCAAACUGUUUUCAGAUUGUUGUCCAGCACUUUAGUGAGGAACAGUACAUUUUCUACUUUGCUAGUGAAGCUCCAGAACAUGCACAGGAUUGGAUGAAAUGCCUUCAGGAUUUUUGCAGUAACCUAAGAAAAACCACUGCUCCCACAACAAACAAAAGGCUGAGACAGGUGAGCAGUCUGGUCCUCUAUGUGGAGGAGGCUCACAAACUGCCUGUCAAGUACUUCACAAACCCAUACUGUAACAUCUACCUGAACAGUGUGCAAGUGGCGAAGACACAUCCACGAGAGGGACAGAAUCCAGUGUUCACAGAGGAGUUCAUUUUUGAUGAUUUAUCAAAUGAAAUUAAUAGAUUUGAAAUCAGUCUAAGCAACAAAACAAAAAAGAGCAAAGAAAGUGACAUAUUGUUUAUGCGCUGUCAGCUGAACCGUUUACAAAAGGGCCAGAUGAUUGACGAGUGGUUCCCCCUCAGCUCCCAUGUGCCUCUGAAGGGCAUCGAGCCGGGGUCUCUGAGGGUGCGGGCACGUUACUCCAUGGAGAAGAUCAUGCCCGAAGAGGAGUACAAUGAGUUCAAAGAGAUGAUCUUACAAAAAGAGUUCCAUGUUAUCUAUGCUCUGGCCCACGUGUGUGGCCAAGAUCGCACCCUGCUGGCCAGUCUGUUACUGCGCAUCUUUAGACACGAGAAGGCUGAAGCUCCAUUACUCAGGACGCUCAACGACAGAGAAAUCAACAUGGAGGAUGAGGCCACAACUCUGUUCCGGGCCACCACACUGGCCAGCACGCUGAUGGAGCAGUACAUGAAAGCUACAGCCACUCCGUUUGUCCACCACGCACUGAAAGACACCAUCCUCAAGAUCAUGGAGAGUAAACAGUCGUGUGAGCUAAAUCCAUCCAAACUUGAAAAAAAUGAGGAUGUGAAUCUAAACCUGGCUCAUCUGCUCAACAUCUUGUCUGAACUGGUGGAAAAGAUCUUCAUGGCUGCUGAGAUACUUCCACCGACACUGAGAUAUAUCUAUGGUUGUCUACAAAAGUCAGUACAGCAGAAAUGGCCCACAAACACCACCAUGCGGACAAGAGUCGUGAGUGGAUUUGUCUUUCUAAGGCUAAUCUGUCCAGCCAUCCUCAAUCCAAGAAUGUUUAAUAUAAUUGCUGAUCCACCAUCUACAACAGCAGUCAGGACACUCACAUUAGUGGCUAAGUCAGUCCAGAAUCUUGCCAACCUGGUAGAAUUUGGUGCCAAGGAGCCCUAUAUGGAGGGUGUUAAUCCAUUUAUUAAAAACAACAAACAUAGGAUGAUUAUGUUCCUGGAUGAGUUAGGGAAUGUCCCUGAACUCCCUGACACGACUGAGCACUUUAGGACAGACCUGUCCCGGGACCUGGCCGCGCUGCACGAGGUCUGUGCCACACAUUCAGAUGAGCUGCGCACUCUGAGCAACGAGAGGGGGGCUCAGCAGCAUGUGCUGAAAAAGCUACUGGCCAUCACAGAGCUCCUCCAACAAAAGCAAGCUCAGUAUGCCAUGUCCAACAGCAACAGGUAGUACUGCCCUCCCUCUUCUCUCCUCCCAUCCUCCCACCGAGUCUCCAAGGGACCAGACCAGACCGAGCAUGCUCCACCCUCAUCACCAUGGCAACAUCUCCAUCUUUCAUCAUGUCCUUCCAGUAGCCACACCCUCUUUCUGGUCUACCUGUUGUCUGUCCUGUUUGCCUCAAGAAAGCUAUGCAACAACAGCUAAGCACAAUCAGACAGUGCUUGGCAAAACAAGGGUUUUGCUCAUUUUGAUUCCUUUUUGGGUACAUUUCAUUCCCUUUACCAUAAGGGCCAAAUUUUGUAAGUGUUAACUGCUAUGUGUUGAUAGCAAAAGUUGCCAAAGUAUGCCCUUCCCCUUUACAAGGAAUCGGACAUGGUAGUCCUCUUUGCCCACCAUUCUUGUAACUGGAUUAUGCUUUUAUACUGUAAUUAGCGACUGAUUUAUUUUAAACUUGUGACAAUAUCUGCAAAGUGCUGAAACUGGCAUUGUGUUUCAUUAUUUUCUUUGUUUUCUAGAUUGGAGCAAAGUCUUUUACAAAAGUAUGGCUAUUUUAUAUUAAGAAUAAUUUCUCUUGCUGGAAUCAUGAGUAUAUAAGUGAGAUAAACUGAGUUUAUUACUUUUUUCAGUUGUAUCAGCUUUCAGUGAUUAUUUGGUCUUUAUUGAACCUGCCAGACAUACUCAGAAACCAAGUUAAGAGUUUACAGCUGAUUUUUUAAAUAGUCCAAACUGUAUCAGACAUGCAUGCACUUAUUAAACAGUUUUGUAAAGUA